GGGCCCCGCCGCUCCCGCCGCUCCCCGCCGCUGCCUGGACUAAUGGCAAAGGAGUGACCCAGCAUGGCAGCUAUGGUCCCACCAGUGAAGCUGAAAUGGCUUGAGCAUCUCAACAGCUCUUGGAUCACCGAAGACAGUGAAUCUAUUGCCACAAGGGAGGGAGUGUCUGUCUUGUAUGCCAAGUUAGUGAGCAAUAAAGAAGUAGUGCCAUUGCCCCAGCAGGUUCUGUGCCUCAAAGGACCUCAGUUACCAGAUUUUGAGCGGGAAUCUCUCUCUAGUGAUGAACAGGACCACUACCUGGAUGCCCUUCUUAGCAGCCAGCUGGCUCUGGCAAAGAUGGUGUGCUCAGACUCUCCGUUUGCCGGAGCGCUGCGGAAGCGUCUCCUGGUGCUGCAGCGCGUCUUCUAUGCACUUUCUAACAAAUACCACGACAAGGGGAAGGUGAAGCAGCAGCAGCACUCCCCAGAGAGCAGCUCUGGCUCCACAGACGUGCACUCGGUCAGCGAGCGGCCCCGGUCGAGCACGGACGCGCUCAUCGAGAUGGGGGUCCGGACUGGGCUCAGCCUGCUCUUCGCCCUGCUCAGGCAGAGCUGGAUGAUGCCGGCGGCGGGGCCCGGCCUCAGCCUCUGCAACGACGUCAUCCACACUGCCAUCGAGGUGGUCAGCUCCCUGCCACCCUUGUCUCUAGCCAAUGAAAGCAAGAUUCCACCCAUGGGUUUGGACUGUUUGUCACAAGUCACGACGUUUCUCAAAGGAGUCACAAUCCCGAACUCUGGGGCGGAUACGUUGGGUCGUAGAUUAGCUUCGGAGCUGCUGCUUGGUCUGGCUGCCCAACGAGGUGCCUUGAGAUACCUUCUGGAGUGGAUAGAGAUGGCUUUGGGUGCCUCAGCUGUGGUGAACACCAUGGAGAAAAGCAAGCUGCUGCAAAGUCCAGAGGGGAUGAUCAGCUUUGACUGCUUCAUGAGCAUAUUGACACAGAUGCGACGGUCUCUGGGCUCGUCUGCUGACCGGAGUCAAUGGAGGGAGCCAACCAGGACAUCCGAUGGCUUGUGCUCCCUGUAUGAGGCAGCUCUGUGUUUAUUUGAAGAGGUGUGUCGAAUGGCUUCAGACUAUUCCAGGACAUGUGCCAGCCCUGACAGCAUCCAAACUGGGGAUGCUCCCAUUGUGUCUGAGACCUGUGAGGUGUAUGUUUGGGGCAGUAACAGCAGUCAUCAGCUGGUGGAAGGCACUCAGGAGAAAAUACUUCAACCCAAGCUCGCUCCAAGUUUUUCUGAUGCACAGACAAUUGAAGCUGGACAAUAUUGUACCUUCGUCAUUUCUACGGAUGGUUCUGUCAGAGCCUGUGGGAAAGGCAGUUAUGGGAGACUUGGACUGGGUGACUCCAAUAAUCAGUCCACACUGAAAAAACUGACUUUUGAGCCUCAUAGGUCUAUUAAAAAGGUGUCAUCUUCAAAAGGAUCCGAUGGCCACACUUUAGCAUUUACAACAGAAGGGGAAGUCUUCAGCUGGGGUGAUGGUGACUAUGGAAAACUGGGACAUGGAAAUAGUUCAACUCAGAAAUAUCCCAAACUUAUUCAGGGGCCCCUGCAAGGAAAGGUGGUUGUCUGUGUGUCAGCGGGAUACAGGCACAGCGCUGCUGUCACAGAGGAUGGGGAGCUCUAUACCUGGGGAGAGGGAGACUUUGGGAGACUGGGUCACGGUGACAGCAACAGCCGCAACAUUCCAACUCUGGUAAAAGAUAUCAGCAAUGUGGGAGAGGUCUCCUGUGGCAGUUCACACACCAUAGCUCUGUCCAAAGAUGGGAGAACCGUGUGGUCAUUUGGAGGAGGAGACAAUGGCAAACUUGGUCAUGGUGAUACAAACAGGGUAUAUAAACCUAAAGUUAUAGAAGCCUUGCAAGGAAUGUUUAUUCGAAAAGUUUGUGCUGGGAGCCAGUCUUCACUUGCCUUGACAUCAACGGGGCAGGUGUACGCGUGGGGCUGCGGGGCCUGCCUGGGCUGCGGCUCCUCGGAGGCCACUGCUCUCAGACCCAAACUCAUCGAGGAGCUGGCUGCCACGAGGAUCGUGGACAUUUCCAUUGGGGACAGUCACUGCUUGGCACUUUCUCAUGAUAAUGAAGUUUAUGCUUGGGGUAACAAUUCAAUGGGACAGUGUGGUCAGGGAAACUCCACUGGUCCCAUCACCAAACCGAAGAAAGUAAGUGGUUUAGAUGGAGUUGCAAUCCAACAAAUCUCAGCAGGAACAUCCCACAGCCUUGCCUGGACAGCUCUUCCAAGGGACAGGCAGGUUGUGGCGUGGCACAGACCCUACUGUGUAGACCUGGAAGAAAGUACCUUCUCGCAUCUCCGCUCUUUCCUCGAGCACUACUGUGACAAAAUCAACAGUGAAAUCCCCCCUCUUCCUUUUCCUUCCUCAAGGGAACACCACAAUUUUCUUAAAUUGUGUCUGAAGCUGCUUUCUAAUCACCUUGCACUUGCACUGGCUGGGGGUGUAGCCACCAGCAUUCUGGGCCGCCAGGCUGGGCCUCUCCGAAAUCUCUUGUUUAGACUGAUGGACUCUUCUGUCCCUGAUGAAAUUCAGGAAGUUGUAAUUGAGACUCUGUCAGUAGGAGCAACUAUGCUGCUUCCUCCACUGCGAGAGAGAAUGGAAUUGCUCCAUUCCCUUCUCCCCCAAGGUCCUGAUAGAUGGGAGAGCUUAUCAAAAGGACAGAGAAUGCAGUUGGACAUAAUUCUGACAAGCUUGCAGGAUCACACCCACGUGGCUUCCCUGCUUGGCUACAGCUCACCCUCAGAUACCACCGAAACCUCCUCGCUGUGUAUCAACUAUGGAAACCUCUCUGAUCAAACAUAUGCUGUGCAGAGCAGCCACCCUGACACUCACCUGGCUGAAAUCUUAAUGAAGACUCUGCUGAGAAAUUUGGGAUUUUAUACAGACCAAGCCUUUGGAGAACUGGAAAAAAACAGUGAUAAAUUUUUACUAGGUACAUCAUCAUCAGAAAACAGCCAACCUGCUCAUCUUCAUGAGCUUUUAUGUUCACUGCAGAAACAGCUGCUGGCUUAUUGCCACAUCAACAGUGUCAGUGAGAAUUCCAGCAGUGUGGCUCUGCUCCACAAACACCUCCAGCUUUUGUUGCCUCAUGCCACAGAUAUCUAUUCCCGUUCUGCAACACUGCUGAAGGAAAGCUCUUGGAAUGGUAGUGUUGGGGAAAAACUGAGAGAUGUGAUUUAUGUCUCAGCUGCUGGCAGUAUGCUCUCCCAGAUUGUCAACUCCCUGCUGCUGCUGCCAGUGUCGGUGGCCCGGCCCUUGCUGAGUUACCUGCUGGAUCUGCUGCCACCUCUAGAUCGUCUCAACAGGCUGUUGCCUGCUGCAGCCCUUCUGGAAGAUCAAGAAUUACAGUGGCCUCUUCAUGGUGGCCCUGAGCUGAUCGACCCUGCCGGAGUGCCCCUGCCCCAGCCUGCCCAGUCCUGGGUGUGGCUCGUUGACCUGGAGAGGACGGUGGCCUUGCUCAUUGGGAGGUGCCUUGGGGGGAUGCUCCAGGGCCCUCCCGUGUCCCCUGAGGAACAGGACACAGCCUACUGGCUCAAAACUCCACUUUUCAGCGAUGGGGUGGAAAUGGAUAUUCCUCAUUUAGACAAAUGCAUGAGCUCCUUGUUAGAAGUGGCCCUGUCUGGAAACGAGGAGCAGAAGCCCUUUGACUAUAAGCUGAGACCUGAGAUUACAGUCUAUGUUGAUUUGGCCUUGGGUUGUACAAAAGAGCCAGCCAGGAGCCUCUGGAUCAGUAUGCAAGACUAUGCUGUUAGUAAAGAUUGGGAUACUGCAACUUUAAGUAAUGAAUCACUCCUAGACACCGUGUCCAGAUUUGUUCUUGCAGCUCUUCUGAAGCACACGAGUUUACUUAGUCAAGCUUGUGGUGAGAGCAGGUACCAGCCUGGCAAGGCCCUGGCAGAAGUUUACCGCUGCGUGUACAAGGUUCGGAGCCGUUUGCUUGCCUGCAAGAACAUGGAACUCAUUCAGACCAGAUCAUCCUCAAGAGACAGAUGGAUGCUGGAUAACCAAGAAUCUGCUGAUGUUGAUACUCAAGAACAUUCUUUUACUCGUACAAUUGAUGAAGAAGCAGAAAUGGAGGAGCAGGCAGAACGUGACAGAGAGGAAGGACACCCGGAACAAGAAGAUGAAGAGGAGGAAAGAGAACAUGAAGUUAUGACAGCUGGUAAAAUAUUUCAAUGUUUCCUAUCAGCCCGUGAAGUAGCUCGCAGUCGGGAUCGGGAUAGGAUGAGCACUGGGACAGGGACUAGACUUGAUGAUCCACCCCCUCAGUCUCAGCAGGAAAGGAGGAUCAGCACAGAUCUGACAGAAGGCCAGGAUGUGUACACUGCUGCCUGCAACUCGGUGAUCCACAGGUGUGCCCUGUUGAUCCUGGGGGUGAGCCCCGUCCUGGAGGAGCUGCAGAAGCGCCGGGAGGACGGGCACUCCCAGCAGCCGCCUUCGGCCACCCCCGAGGGCAUCGGGCUCAUGACAAGUGUUUUCUUUCUGUGUGCACAUAAAUGUGUGUGCCCCUGGAGCAGGAGUGAAAGUCUGACAGCAGAGAGUCGCUCAGUCCACACCAGCUCCAGCUACAGACUGAUUAAGUCAAGGAGUGAGUCCGAUUUGUCUCAGCCAGAAUCCGAUGAGGAAGGUUAUUCACUGAGUGGAAGACGAAAUGUUGAUUUGGAUUUGGCAGCAUCACACAGAAAGAGGGGAGCAAUUCACAGCCAGGUGGAAUCUCUGAGUGACUCCUGGGUCCGACUGAAGCACAGCAGGGACUGGUUGUACACGUCCUCCUACUCGUUCGUGGAGUCCGACUUCGAUCUCUCGCGAUCCCUCGGAGUUCAUACUUUGAUUGAAAAUGUUGUCAGCUUUGUGAGUGGAGACGUGGGGAACUCCCCAGGAUUUAAGGAGCCAGAGGAGAGUAUGUCCACCAGCCCACAGGCAUCAAUCAUUGCAAUGGAGCAGCAGCAGCUGAGGGCUGAGCUUCGUCUGGAAGCCCUUCAUCAGAUUUUGGUGCUUCUGUCAGGGAUGGAGGAAAAAGGCAGUGUGCCACUGAUGGGGAGCCGUCAAGUCCCAGGAUUUCAGUCUUCUUCAUUGCUUACUUCUGUUAGACUCCAGUUCCUUGCUGGCUGCUUUGGUUUGGGCACUGUGGGACAUGCAGGUGCCAAAGGAGAGAGUGUAAGGUUGCAUCACUACCAGGAUGGUAUCAGAGCAGCCAAGAGAAGUAUUCAAAUUGAAAUCCAGGUGGCUGUGCACAAAAUCUACCAGCAGUUAUCUGCUACUUUAGAAAGAGCCCUGCAAGCUAAUAAGCAUCACAUAGAAGCACAGCAGCGCCUUCUCUUGGUGACGGUCUUUGCUCUCAGCGUGCACUACCAGCCCGUUGACGUGUCCCUGGCCAUUUCCACUGGGCUGCUGAACGUGCUGUCCCAGCUGUGUGGCACAGACACCAUGCUGGGACAGCCUCUGCAGCUGCUGCCCAAAACUGGCAUCUCUCAGCUCAGCACAGCUCUGAAAGUAGCCAGCACAAGGCUCCUGCAGAUCCUCGCCAUCACCACGGGAACCUAUGCUGAUAAACUGAGCCCAAAGGUGGUCCAGUCUUUGCUGGAUUUGUUGUGCAGCCAGCUGAAGAACUUGUUAUCUCAAGCUGGUGUGAUGCUUAUGGCUUCCUUUGGAGAAGGGGAAGGGGAGGAAGAUGAAGUGGAAUCAAAAAAAGCAGAUUCAAAUGGGGAUAAUGAGAAGAGAGACUUCAGAGCUGCCCUGCGAAAGCAACACGCAGCAGAACUGCACCUGGGAGACUUCCUUGUUUUCCUGCGUAGAGUUGUGUCUUCAAAAGCAAUUCAGUCCAAAAUGGCAUCUCCAAAGUGGACAGAAGUACUCCUGAACAUUGCUUCUCAGAAAUGUUGCUCAGGAGUUCCCUUGGUUGGCAACCUGAGGACCAGACUGCUGGCGCUGCACGUGCUGGAAGCUGUGUUACCUGCGUGUGAAUCUGGCGUUGAAGAUGAUCAGAUGGCUCAGGUUGUUGAGAGAUUGUUCUCACUUCUGUCUGACUGCAUGUGGGAGACUCCAAUAGCUCAGGCCAAACAUGCCAUCCAAAUCAAGGAGAAAGAGCAGGAAAUGAAGCUGCAGAAACAAGGAGAGUCUGAAGAUGAGGAUGAGAAUCUUCCCAUACAGGAGGUGUCCUUUGAUCCUGAGAAAGCUCAGUGCUGCAUAGUGGAGAAUGGGCAGAUUCUGACUCAUGGAAGUGGAGGCAAAGGAUAUGGUUUAGCAUCCACUGGAGUCACUUCUGGGUGUUACCAGUGGAAGUUCUACAUUGUGAAGGAGAACCGAGGCAAUGAGGGCACAUGUGUGGGGGUUUCCCGCUGGCCGGUCCAUGAUUUUAACCAUCGCACCACCUCGGAUAUGUGGCUCUACAGAGCCUACAGUGGCAACCUCUACCACAAUGGAGAGCAGACUUUGACCCUGUCCAGCUUCACCCAAGGAGAUUUCAUCACGUGUGUGUUGGAUAUGGAAGCAAGAACCAUUUCCUUUGGGAAAAAUGGAGAGGAGCCCAAACUAGCUUUUGAAGAUGUGGAUGCAGCUGAGUUAUACCCUUGUGUUAUGUUCUACAGCAGUAAUCCAGGAGAGAAGGUGAAGAUCUGCGACAUGCAGAUGCGAGGGACACCCAGAGACCUGCUGCCUGGGGACCCCAUCUGCAGUCCCGUGGCUGCAGUGCUGGCAGAGGCCACCAUCCAGCUGAUCCGUAUCCUGCACCGCACAGACCGCUGGACACACUGCAUCAACAAAAAGAUGAUGGAAAGGCUGAACAAAAUCAAAACCUGCCUUAAAGAAGCAGGGCAAAAGCUCAAGAAAAGCCGCUCGGUUCAGAGCCGGGAAGAGAGCGAGGUGAGAGAGGAGAAGGAGAACAAGGAGGAGGAGAAAGGCAAGCACGGGCGGCACGGCCUGGCCGAGCUGUCGGAGCUGCAGCUGAAGAUGCUGUGUGCGGAGGUGUGGCCCGUGCUGGCCGUGAUCGGAGGGGUGGACGCCGGGCUCAGGGUCGGAGGGCGCUGCGUGCACAAGCAAACCGGCCGGCACGCCACCCUGCUCGGGGUGGUCAAGGAAGGCAGCACCUCUGCCAAGGUGCAGUGGGAUGAAGCAGAGAUCACCAUCAGCUUCCCAACUUUUUGGUCGCCUAGUGAUACCCCACUGUAUAAUCUGGAGCCCUGUGAACCACUGCCUUUUGAUGUUGCAAGAUUCCGUGGGCUGACAGCUACUGUGUUGCUGGACCUUACCUAUCUGACUGGCAUUCAUGAAGACAUGGGCAAGCAAAGCACCAAGAGACACGAGAAAAAACACAGACAUGAAUCUGAAGAUAAAGGGGAGACAGACCAGAAGGCGGAGGGUGAUGCUGGAUCAGACACACGAUUAGGACCAGGCGCUGAUGAGAGCAAAGGACAUGGUGCUACAAGCUCUAAGUCAGAAAAUGAAAUUGUUUCCUUUUCUUUAGAACCUUCGACACUAGGUAUGGAAUCCCAGCACCAACCUGGGGAAGGAAGAAAAAAGAAUCACGAGCAUAGUCCAAGAAGUCACGACAUAGUGCAGUCAGAAAUCAGGGCUGUGCAGCUGUCCUACCUUUACCUGGGGGCCAUGAAGUCCCUUAGUGUUCUCCUGAGCUGUAGUAAGUACGCUGAGCUGCUGCUGAUACCAAAAGUGCUGGCAGAAAACGGGCACAACUCGGACUGUGCCAGUUCCCCAGUGGUCCAUGAAGAUGUGGAGAUGAGGGCUGCCCUGCAGUUCCUCAUGAGGCACAUGGUCAAACGGGCAGUCAUGCGGUCGCCCAUCAAGAGAGCCCUGGGACUGGCAGACCUGGAACGGGCACAAGCCAUGAUCUACAAGUUAGUGGUUCAUGGGCUGCUGGAGGACCAGUUUGGUGGCAGACUUAAACCAGAAGUGGAGCAACAAGUAGAAGAAGGUGAUCAGUCUCAGCAAGCCCAGACUCCAGUUACAACCAGCCCUUCUGCUUCCAGCACAACAUCUUUCAUGAGCAGCUCCCUGGAGGAUACAACCACUGCUACUACUCCAGUGACUGAUACAGAAACAGUUCCAGCUUCAGAAUCACCUGGUGUUAUGCCUCUCAGUCUUCUUAGGCAAAUGUUCUCCAGUUACCCGACUACAACUGUGCUUCCAGCACGACGUGCUCAGACUCCUCCAAUAUCUUCUUUACCAACAUCUCCUUCAGAUGAGGUUGGAAGGAGACAAAGUCUGACUUCCCCUGAUUCCCAGUCUGCCAGGCCUGCCAAUCGUACAGCUUUGUCUGAUCCAAGCAGCCGACUCUCCACAUCCCCUCCUCCUCCUGCCAUCGCUGUGCCAUUGCUGGAAAUGGGCUUCUCCCUCAGGCAAAUUGCCAAAGCUAUGGAAGCUACAGGUGCCAGAGGAGAAGCAGAUGCCCAGAAUAUCACAGUCCUGGCCAUGUGGAUGAUAGAGCACCCUGGCAAUGAAGACGAUGAGGAGCCCCAGUCCGAGGGGACUGCGGAGUCACGGCACGGGACAAUUGUCUCUGGCAGUGGUGGGAAGUCUGGUGACCAUUGUUAUUUGCAGUCUCCAGGUGAUAUCCCUUCUGCUGAUGCCACUGAAAUGGAGGAAGGCUUUAGUGAGAGCCCUGAUAAUAUGGAUCACAUGGAUAAUGCAGCUUCUGCCAGUGGCCCUCCCUCCAGAAGUCGCUCGGCUGUGACACGGAGGCACAAAUUUGACCUGGCUGCCCGGACACUGCUGGCACGGGCUGCGGGAUUGUACCGCUCCGUGCAGGCCCACAGGAACCAGAGCCGCCGGGAAGGGAUAUCACUGCAGCAGGAUCCAGGGGCACUUUAUGACUUCAACUUGGAUGAGGAGCUGGAGAUUGACCUUGAUGAUGAAGCGAUGGAAGCCAUGUUUGGGCAAGACCUGGCUAGUGAUAAUGAUAUUCUGGGAAUGUGGAUCCCAGAGGUAUUGGACUGGCCUACCUGGCACGUUUGUGAGUCUGAAGACAGAGAAGAAGUGGUGGUUUGUGAGCUGUGUGAGUCCAGCGUGGUGAGCUUCAACCAGCACAUGAAGAGGAACCACCCUGGCUGCGGGCGCAGCGCCAACCGGCAGGGCUAUCGCAGCAACGGCUCCUACGUGGACGGCUGGUUCGGGGGCGAGUGUGGCAGUGGCAAUCCCUACUACUUGUUGUGUGGCAUCUGCAGAGAGAAGUACUUGGCCCUGAAGAGCAAAUCCAAAACGUCAACUUCCGAAAGGUACAAAGGCCAGGCUCCUGAUUUGAUAGGUAAACAAGACAGUGUCUAUGAAGAAGACUGGGAUAUGUUAGAUGUAGACGAAGAUGAAAAGCUGACAGGAGAAGAAGAGUUUGAAUUACUGGCUGGACCUCUUGGGUUAAAUGAUCGGCGCAUUGUCCCCGAACCUGUCCAGUUCCCUGACAGUGACCCCCUGGGGGCUUCAGUUGCAAUGGUCACAGCCACCAACAGCAUGGAAGAAACACUGAUGCAAAUAGGCUGCCAUGGCUCAAUAGAGAAGAGUUCCUCUGGCAGGAUAACCUUGGGAGAACAGGCAGCUGCCCUGGCGAAUCCACACGACCGUGUCAUGGCUCUGAGGAGAGUCACAGCUGCUGCCCAAGUCCUCCUGGCAAGAACCAUGGUUAUGAGAGCACUCUCACUUUUGUCUGUCAGUGGUUCCAGUUGCAGCCUGGCAGCUGGACUGGAAUCCCUGGGGCUGACGGACAUCCGGACGCUGGUGCGGUUGAUGUGCCUGGCGGCGGCGGGGAGGGCAGGGCUCUCCACCAGCCCAUCCACGGUGUCCAGCUCAGCAGAGAGAUCCAGGGGCAUCCACAGCAAAACAAGCAAGCCCAUCUCUUGCCUUGCCUACCUGAGCACUGCAGUUGGGUGCUUGGCAUCAAACACUCCCAGCGCUGCAAAGCUGCUGGUGCAGUUGUGUACACAGAAUUUGAUUUCUGCAGCAACUGGUGUGAACUUGACAACAGUUGAUGAUCCAAUUCAGCGAAAAUUUUUGCCAAGUUUUUUAAGGGGAAUUGCAGAAGAAAACAAACUUGUCACAUCUCCGAAUUUUGUGGUUACUCAAGCACUUGUAGCAUUGUUGGCAGACAAAGGGGCCAAACUGAGGCCAAACUAUGAUAAAGCUGAAAUUGAAAAGAAAGGUUUAAUUGCCCAUUUGUAUGCCCAUCCUUCCUAUGAUCCCUCUGCUGUAGGCCCUCUGGAGCUGGCGAACGCGCUGGCCGCGUGCUGCCUGUCCUCGCGCCUCUCCUCGCAGCACCGCCAGUGGGCCGCCCAGCAGCUCGUGCGCACGCUCGCCGCCCACGACAGGGACAACCAGAGCGUCCCCCAGACCCUCGCUGACAUGGGGGGGGACCUCAGGAAGUGCUCCUUCAUCAAGCUGGAGGCUCAUCAGAACAGGGUCAUGACGUGUGUUUGGUGCAAUAAAAAGGGACUUUUGGCAACCAGUGGGAACGAUGGCACCAUAAGAGUGUGGAAUGUGACAAAGAAGCAGUACUCACUGCAGCAAACCUGUGUGCUCAACAAGCUAGAAGGUGAUUCUGAAGAAAGUCUGGGGUCACCCAGUGACCUUAGUUUAUCUCUUGUCUGUUGGAGCAUCAGUGGCAAAUAUCUGGCUGGAGCUACAGAAAAGAUGGUGAACAUAUGGCAAGUCAAUGGAGGAAAAGGAUUAUUAGAUCUCCAGCCUCACUGGGUGUCUGCUCUAGCCUGGCCAGAAGAAGGGCCAGCUGCAGCAUGGACAGGGGAUGCUCCAGAAUUGCUGUUAAUUGGUCGUAUGGAUGGAUCUCUUGCUCUUAUUGAAGUUGUGGAUAUCUCAGCCAUGCACAGGCUGGAGCUGGAACACUGCUACAGAAAGGAUGUGUCUGUCACAUGCCUUGCCUGGUUCAGUGAGGACAGACCAUUUGCUGUUGGCUAUUCUGAUGGAAAAUUGCUCAUAGGAACGAAGGAACCAAUGGAGAAAGGAGGAGUCGUUCUAAUCGAUGCCCAUAAGGAUAUGGUUGUUAGCAUGAAAUGGGAUCCAACUGGAAAGAUUCUCCUGACAUGUGCCAAAGAAGAAACAGUGAAGCUCUGGGGGUACAUGGGGGGCUGCUGGAGGCGCCUGCACUCCCUGUCCCACCCCGCCCUGGUGAACGGCGUUGCCUGGUGUGCCCUGCCAGGGAAGGGGCCCAAGCCCCAGCUCCUGUUAGCCACGGGAUGCCACAAUGGCUUGGUGUGUGUCUGGACUGUUCCCCAGGACAUAGUGAUCACACUGCAGUCCAGCUCAACUUGUUCAGAAGGAUGGUGGGAGCAAGAAACAAGUGCCAAGGAUGGAUACAGGAAGGCAGUGGAAGUCAAGUGUGUGUUUCAGCUGAGGGGACACAUCACUCCUGUCAGGACUGUUGCAUUCAGCCCUGAUGGACUGGCCUUGGUGUCUGGGGGCCUCGGGGGCCUCAUGAACAUUUGGUCUUUACGGGAUGGCUCAGUGUUGCAGAGUGUUGUGAUAGGCUCUGGAGCAAUCCAGACUGCAGUGUGGAUACCUGAGGUUGGAGUAGCUGCCUGUUCCAACAGAUCAAAGGAUGUGUUGGUGGUGAACUGUACCUCCGAGUGGAUAUCUGCCAACCACGUCCUGGCCACGUGCAGGACUGCUCUGAAGCAGCAGGGAGUGCUGGGGCUGAACAUGGCUCCCUGCAUGAGAGCCUUCCUGGAGCGGCUGCCCAUCAUGCUGCAGGAGCAGUAUGCCUAUGAGAAGCCCCACGUUGUGUGUGGAGACCAGCUGGUGCACAGCCCCUACAUGCAGUGCUUGGCCUCGCUGGCCGUGGGCCUUCACCUGGACCAGCUGCUGUGCAACCCCCCCGUGCCUCCCCACCACCAGAGCUGCCUCCCCGACCCCUCGGCCUGGAACCCCACCGAGUGGGCCUGGCUCGAGUGUUUCUCUACCACCAUCAAAGCUGCAGAAGCCCUGGCCAAGGGAGCACAGUUCCCAGAAUCCUUCACUGUCCCAGACCUGGAGCCUGUUCCAGAGGAUGAGCUCACUCUCCUGAUGGAUAACAGUAAAUGGAUCAAUGGCAUGGAUGAGCAGAUCAUGUCUUGGGCAACAUCAAGGCCAGAGGAUUGGCACUUGGGAGGGAAGUGUGAUGUGUACCUGUGGGGAGCAGGCAGGCAUGGACAGCUGGCAGAGGCUGGGAGGAAUGUCAUGAUACCAGUGGCAGCACCUUCAUUCUCUCAGGCUCAGCAGGUGGUUUGUGGUCAGAAUUGUACCUUUGUCAUUCAAGCUAAUGGCACCGUUUUGGCUUGUGGGGAAGGGAGUUAUGGGCGACUGGGGCAAGGAAACUCUGAUGAUCUUCACGUCUUAACAGUCAUUUCAGCACUGCAAGGCUUCGUUGUAACGCAGCUGGUGACCUCUUGUGGGUCUGAUGGGCAUUCCAUGGCUCUGACAGAAAGUGGGGAAGUCUUCAGCUGGGGAGAUGGAGACUACGGCAAACUGGGCCACGGGAACAGCGACCGGCAGCGCAGGCCUCGGCAGAUCGAGGCCCUGCAAGGAGAAGAAGUGGUGCAGAUGUCAUGUGGCUUCAAACACUCAGCUGUGGUGACAGCAGAUGGCAAACUCUUUACCUUUGGAAAUGGUGAUUAUGGUCGAUUAGGACUUGGCAACACUUCCAAUAAGAAACUUCCAGAACGAGUGACGGCGCUGGAAGGUUACCAGAUUGGACAGGUGGCCUGUGGCCUCAAUCACACUGUAGCUGUGUCAACAGAUGGCUCAAUGGUCUGGGCUUUUGGAGAUGGAGAUUAUGGGAAACUUGGUCUGGGAAAUUCCACUGCAAAGUCCUCACCACAGAAAGUGGAUAUUCUUUGUGGAAUUGGAAUAAAAAAAGUUGCCUGUGGAACUCAGUUCUCUGUUGCACUGACUAAAGAUGGUCAUGUAUAUACUUUUGGACAAGAUCGCCUCAUCGGUUUGCCCGAGGGCCGUGCCCGGAACCACAACCGGCCCCAGCAGGUGCCGGUGCUGUCGGGGAUCUUCAUCGAGGACAUCGCGGUGGGGGCAGAGCACACCCUGGCCCUGUCCUCCACGGGGGAUGUCUAUGCCUGGGGCAGCAAUUCCGAGGGGCAGCUUGGCCUGGGCCACACCAACCACGUGCGGGAGCCCACCCUGGUCACGGUCCUGCAGGGGAAGAACGUCCGGCAGAUCUCGGCCGGGCGCUGCCACAGCGCGGCCUGGACGGCCCCCCCUGUGCCCCCACGAGCUCCGGGUGUUUCAGUGCCUUUGCAGCUCGGUUUACCUGAUGCCAUCCCACCACAGUACGGGGCACUGAAGGAAGUGAGCAUUCAUACAGUGAGGGCAAGGCUGAGACUGCUGUACCAUUUUUCUGACCUCAUGUACUCUUCGUGGAGAUUACUUAACCUCAGUCCUAAUAACCAGAACAGUACAUCUCAUUACAAUGCUGGAACGUGGGGAAUAGUGCAGGGCCAGCUGAGGCCCUUGCUGGCACCCCGGGUGUACACCCUGCCCAUGGUGCGCUCCAUAGGGAAAACCAUGGUGCAGGGCAAGAACUACGGGCCCCAGAUCACUGUGAAGAGGAUCUCAACCAGAGGUCGGAAGUGCAAGCCCAUCUUUGUCCAGAUAGCAAGGCAGGUGGUGAAGCUGAACGCCUCAGACCUUCGCCUGCCCUCCCGGGCCUGGAAGGUGAAACUGGUUGGAGAAGGAGCUGAUGAUGCAGGUGGAGUGUUUGAUGACACUAUUACAGAAAUGUGUCAGGAACUGGAAACUGGAAUCGUAGACCUGCUCAUUCCUUCCCCAAAUGCUACAGCUGAAGUAGGCUACAACAGGGAUAGGUUUCUCUUUAACCCUUCAGCAUGUUUAGAUGAACACCUGAUGCAGUUCAAGUUCCUGGGCAUUCUCAUGGGUGUGGCUAUUCGUACAAAAAAGCCAUUAGAUCUUCAUUUGGCUCCAAUGGUCUGGAAGCAACUUUGUUGUAUCCCACUCAUCUUGGAGGAUUUGGAGGAGGUAGAUCUGCUCUAUGUGCAGACCCUCAACAGCAUUCUUCACAUUGAAGACAGUGGGAUUACUGAAGAAAAUUUCCAUGAGAUGAUUCCUUUAGAUUCUUUUGUUGGCCAAAGUGCUGAUGGAAAAAUGGUUCCCAUAAUCCCUGGAGGGAACAGUAUCCCACUUACCUUUUCAAACAGGAAAGAGUAUGUGGAGAGGGCAAUAGAGUACAGACUCCAUGAGAUGGACCGUCAGGUGGCUGCUGUCAGGGAGGGAAUGUCCUGGAUUGUUCCCGUUCCUUUGCUGUCCCUUCUGACUGCCAAGCAGUUGGAGCAAAUGGUCUGUGGAAUGCCAGAAAUCUCCGUUGAAGUUCUGAAGAAAGUUGUGCGAUACAGGGAGGUGGAUGAGCAGCAUCAGCUGGUGCAGUGGUUCUGGCACACCCUGGAGGAGUUUUCCAAUGAGGAGAGAGUCCUUUUCAUGAGGUUUGUGUCAGGAAGAUCUCGACUGCCAGCCAACACAGCUGAUAUCUCUCAGCGAUUCCAAAUAAUGAAGGUUGAUAGGCCUUACGACAGCUUGCCUACCUCACAGACUUGUUUCUUUCAACUGCGGCUGCCGCCGUACUCCAGCCAGCUGGUGAUGGCCGAGCGCCUGCGCUAUGCAAUCAACAACUGCCGCUCCAUAGACAUGGACAAUUACAUGCUCUCCCGGAACGUGGACAAUGCCGAGGGCUCCGACACGGAUUACUGACACUCUGUGAACAAAAUCACCUUCCUUUUCCUACAAAUAGUGCCCUAAGUCCAAUUCAUCGUUGACAUAAUUUUACGGUAACCAUAGAUGUUUUAGGAGCAUAAAAAAAAAAAAAACAAACCAGAUGUUAAUAGGUGGUGGCCACAUUUUAGUUACUCUAAAUGUAACAAAAAAAAAAAUUAGAUGUUUUUAUUUUUUUGUGAUUGUACAAAAGAAAAAAGGAAAAACAAAACAAAAAAGUCCGAUGGGUAAGUUUUUUCUCCUUUUUUGGUCACUUUUGAUAAGUUUGCAUGGAGACAUUUUGGUGCAUUUUUGUUGGGAAUAGUACAUUUGUAAGCCCUCCAAGUGAACAUGAAGAGUUGUACAUUGUGUAUAAUUGUUCAUUAGCCAGGACUGUUUUACAUGAAUAUUCACAUAUUUAUUUUGUUUUAAUUUGAAUUGCCUGUGCAGGGUUCCUUAUGCAGAGAAAAAUAAAGCAAAUUCAAGGAUCGGUGGCUUGUUAUGCAUUUGUGAAUGGGGAUUGGUUGUCUCAGUCUUCAUAUUUUUUAUAUUUUGUCUCAGGAAGUCAUAGUGUUACAGUGUUCAGGCAGGGUUUGACAUUUGAAGCACCUUAAAAUGUUUCUCUUCACUGACUGUGUUGUGUAGCCCUGCUUUGCUUUCCCAGUGUCCGAGGGGCUGUUCUGUUUGGGUGUUGAUCCUCCUACUGCAAUACAAGUCCAUCUUGUGCUUGGUUCCUUCUUGCUUUUCCUUUAAACAUUUUGCUCCUCCAGAGGAGUUGUUGGCAGUAGCAAUGUGCUGCCGCCUGCACUCAGAAACCUUUGAAUCUUUUGGCAAAAAAAUGUUUUUUAAUGUACAGAUGGACAGAGUUGGUUCCUGAGUACAGAAAACUGACAGUGGAGGUGACAGGGCAGUAGUUGAGGCUGUGGGUUUAUGCACAUUCUUGGCUCUGCCUUUACUCUCCUUUUGCUGCAGCUGUACCUGUUAUGAUCAGCAUGGUUUGGGUCCCACUGGAGUUCCAUCCUGGGUUAGGACAGAAAUGAGCUGCACAGGAACCUCUGCUCCGUGUCUUAGGGGAGUGCUGGGCAAUGGAUAAUUUCCAGUGUAGAAAAGACCUUGUUUGUGUCAAACCAGAAAUGCUGCUUGGUGUUGAGGAGCAGGAGGGACCUGGAGAGUGUCCCCAGGUGAGUCAGGGCUGCUCUGCCCCCAUUCCCCCCAUCCUCAUCCUCUCUGAGCUCCUGGGGAAGGUGCUGUGGGGCCUGAGGGCAGGUGAGAGUGUUUAUCAGUGUCACCUCACCUGGGACAGGAGUGGUCCAUCUGAGCCUAGAGCACAGGCAGAAAUUCCUGUUGUUUUUCUUCACGUGUUCACUGUGUGUUCACAAGGAUGACUUGGGAAAUUCCUGGCUGUCCGAGACUGAACUGGUUGUUGCUGCCAGCUCAGAGUGCUCAAAGCUUGAUAAGCCGUGGGACUGUGCAGGUCUGGGGUUUACUGGUGACAUUCUCUAAGUCAGGACUAGUUGCUGGCUCCUGGAGAAGGCACAAGGUUUGUAGCUGUGACCUCCACACUGCAGGGGGGGUCAGCAGUCUAAGGGGAAGGGGGGACUCAGGGCCCUGAAAUCAAGCAGACCUUGUUUCCUGCCCCCUUGUGUGUUCUGGUUCCAAACUGGACUGAGUUCUUGGUGUUGUGGGGGAGUAUAUGCACAUUGUGGUCUAGAUUUAUGGGUGUAAUACCUAAAAACUACAGUAUUACAAAUAAAAGGGGAGACUGCUGUAUUAAGUCCUGUAUUAUUGCCUGCUGGACUUCACUGAUGUGUCUUAGUGCUACUGAGUUGUCAGCCUGUUUUAAUCAGGCAAAGGAAAUAAUAGAGCUGUGCCUAAAAAUUGCAGUUUUAUAUGGACUGUGCAAUUGGCUUCUUGGAUAAUGAGGGUAUUUUUGGAGGCAGUUUACACUGAAAUGAAAGAGAAUGUUGAUAUUGGUAAAUAUUGAUGUUGAUUAAAGGAUUGUGUUUGAUGGAACUGUAAUGGCUUGGAGCUAAAGAAAACCACAGGCCUGUUUUCAUCCUUCCAUCAUACCCUGAAUAAAAUGUGAUCACUUUA